AAUAAUUUGUAAAUGAUUUCUUUAAAAUACGCUCAAUUCUUUUGAGUGAAGAAAGUCGCAGACCAUGACCACGCCCCCUCAUCGUUGCCUGGCAACCUUCGUCCGCUAAGCCAAACAAUUUGCCGGUUCGGCGCGGAAGGACGACAGAGCCGGCUAGUGGAGGACAGCAUGAGCUCGGUGGCGUUGUCGGCCGUUCUGGACAAGCACAUUCGCCGCCUGUGUCUCGACCAGUUUCCCUGUGGUAAAGGCAGCUGGAGGAAGGACGGCGGCAGUGAGGCUGAGGCAGUGACGGAGGACACGGACGCGCUGCUGGACCUGUUAAACUGCCCGCACUCUCCGUGGCACCACGACGAGCCGUGGAGCCCGCAGGCCGCCGCCCUCCAGCGUGUGGCCGUGGUGGAGCCAGAGCGACUGGACGCCGACUUUGUGUGCAGCUACUUCAGGAAGCUGCGGAUUGUCGACAAGGACGUGUCUGUGGUCGACAACUACCUGCUGAAGUUCUGCAACUUACAGGAACUUGUGCUCAGCGCCAACCGCAUCAGCGAAAUCUCGGCCGAGAACCUUCCCAGGACGCUUAAGGUGUUGGAGCUGCGUGCCAACCAGCUGUGCGCUCUGGGCCGCCUGGCCAUCUCUCCGCCCCCUCGCCUGCAGUACCUCGGGCUGGCCGCCAAUCGUCUGGGAUCCCAUCGAGACGUCACCCUGCUCACAGGAAAACAAUGGCCUGAGCUGGUGUGUCUGGACCUGAGCGAGUGCGACUUCAGAGAACAGCGCCCCCUGCUGAAGGCGCUGGGUACGCUGCCGUGUCUGCGGACCCUGGUGCUGGAGGGAAACCCAUUCACGCUGGCACCCUCGUACCCUGGCUUCGCCGUGAACGCCCUUCCCCGACUCUCCUACCUGGACGCGGCGUGGAUCGCCCCCGAGGAGCGGCACCGCUACAGGGGAAUGGCCAACAUGAGCCACCUUCUGGUGGACUGGGCGUCGGCCACCGUGCGCGUGGGCGUGAUGCAGGGGGUCCCGGACCCGCAGGACGAGGACCCUGACGCUCCGGAGUUCCCGGUGGUCAGCUACAGCUACGUCAUCUCGUACAUGUUCUUCAGUCACCAGACCACCGCCUACCGGGAAGUUGUGAUUGGUGGUCCGGCGAAGCGUCAGAGUCAGGACCAGGGUGCUGAGCCAACUCAGUCGCUUAACAAGAAGAGUGUAAAAGAGAUUGUGGUGGUCAACCUGGCAGACUGCGACGAGGAUCAAACUUCCUCCUCUUGUGAAUCGCGAUACAGCACGUCGUCCCAGCCGUGGGCCGACUGCGUUGACUUUGGCCACGUGCUGACGUUUGUCGUGCGAGACCUGAGCGGCUUCAAGAAGUUCCUCCAUCGAGGAUUUUUCAUUUAUAUCGAGCAGGAAAAGAUCCUGUCGUGGCCUGCGGAGGUCUUAGACGAUUCCGGACAAGGUGCCACUGACAAGAAAGGGAAAAAAGUGAGUUUCAUCAUCUUAGUCGAGCAGGUCCAAAAAGCCCAAGACUACAAAAGACAAGCGAAAGAAAUCUGUGGCGGAGUUGGUGGCGGACCCGCCUGUGACCACGGUGGUGGCAUCCUCGCACGUGUCCCUGCGCGGCCUUUUCGGCGGAAAUCCAAAAGCGGACAUCCUUUGCAACUUUGGCUCAAUGCACAAAGAUGCUCCGGUGGAAGAAGCUUCCGUUACGGACGAGAACGUGAGCGUGGACAGCAAAUCCAAGGACGAUUCCAAGAAGAAAGGAAGCCGUGCUGGAUUCAAGAAACCUGGCAAAGGGAUGCGGCGCGAGGAGAGCGACGCCGACACGCCGAGCCAGCCCGAGACGGUCACGGCGGAGCUGAGCGUGGAGCUGAAAAAGUGGCGCCACACCUCCGAGGUGUCGCCGCUGGUGCCCGCCAACUCCUGAGGCAAGACGCACUCUGACUUUCAUUUUGACACACUUUUAUUUGUACAGAAAAGCCAAAGUAGAAAGAAGACGCAAGGAAGUGCUUUCAAGUAUUCUGCCUGCAUGCGCCCCACCAAAAUGCAAUAAAAAAAGUAUUUUCAGGCAUAGAAAAAAAAUGCACUAUGGCUCCCAAAUUGUCACACCAUUGUAUCCUUCACAAAGAAUCAUUUGUGGGGAUUUAUAGUUCUUUAUCUCUAUAUACACACUGCUCACAACAAUUUUGGGAUAUGGUAAAACUUCUGAAUGAAUCAAGAUUGCACUCUAACCUCGGCAGCUGACCUUAAAUUGCUCUGUUUCUUUCAUUUCCGGGCUUCCAUUUUCAUUUCUGCCACCUCCGGUUCCUCCAAAUUAAGGAUGUCUGUAAAGCUUAUAGCCAGUUUUAAGCUGAGGCAAAAAUGUCGGCCUAUAUCCCGAGUUUUUUUUUUGCCACGAGUGUGACAAGCUGUGCAAACAAGGAUGCCACGUUCUAGCCCUCAAGUCGCUUUUUUUGCACGAUGGACGGACAACCCGAGGCGGGCCGCGUUUAGAAGGUUCGGUCGUCAUUGCAGUCGUGGCUC